AUGUCUUCUCCCGGUGCCACCUCCAACCCUCUGGCGCCCAAAAGGAAAACCAAGAAGAAACACUUUGUGCAGCAGAAAGUGAAGGUUUUCCGUGCCAGUGACCCCGUGUUGAGCGUGCUGAUGUGGGGGGUAAAUCACUCGAUUAAUGACCUGAGCCAUGUACCCGUACCUGUCAUGCUGCUUCCAGACGACUUCAAAGCCAGCACCAAGAUCAAAGUCAGCAACCAUCUCUUCAACAAAGAGAAUCUUCCAGGACAGUUCAAAUUCAAAGACUACUGUCCGCAGGUGUUCAGAAACCUGCGAGAGCGCUUUGGAAUCGAGGAUCAUGAUUACCAGGUGUCUCUGGCCCGCAGUCCUCCACUGAAAGACGAGGAGGGGCAACGCGUGGAGCUGCUGCUCACAUCAUACGAUCGCACUUUGAUAGUAAAAGAAAUCUCCAGUGAGGAGGUGGAGGAAAUUCACAACAUCCUCUCUGAGUAUCACCAGCAUAUUGUGACCUGUCACGGCAGUACGCUGCUGCCUCAGUUCCUGGCCAUGUACAGAGUCACUGUGGAGAGCGAGGACACCUACCUGUUAGUUAUGAGGAACAUGUUCAGCCACAGACUGCACGUUCACAGGAAGUAUGACCUCAAGGGGUCCCUGGUGUCUCGACAAGCAAGUUUUAAAGAGAAGGUGAAGGAGCUGCCCACUUAUAAAGAUGUAGACUUCAGGAAUAACAUGCAAAAGGUUUAUGUGAGCGUCGAGGAGAAGGAGAAGGUCGUAGAAAAGCUGAACAGAGAUAUUGAGUUUCUGGUGCGUAUGAGGAUCAUGGACUACAGCCUGCUGCUGGGCAUCCAUGAUGUUGAACGGGCUGAGAGGGAAGAGGAGGCGGUGGAGAUGGAGUCGUCAUAUGAAGAAGAAGAGGAGAAUGAAAACGGCUUGGCUCCCGCUCCAUGCUCCACCUCAUCUGAGGGUAUCGGUGGCUACAUGAACUCCUUCAAACCUAUGGGUCCCGGCGAGUUCGACCCUUAUGUGGAUGUGUACGCUAUUCAGAGCGCUGAAGGUGCACCCCAGAGGGAGGUGUAUUUCAUGGGCCUGAUUGACAUGCUGACACAGUACGACACCAAGAAGAAAGCUGCUCACGCUGCCAAGGCUGUCAAACACGGGGCAGGAGCAGAAAUCUCAACAGUUCAUCCAGAGCAGUACGCUAAACGUUUCCGGGAGUUCAUCACUAAGAUCUUUGCAUAGUUCUCUGAUUCAGCCCAGGCUCCCUUCCUCGUGUAAUACAAGAGGAGUGUCACUCUGGAAUACUUAUGGAAUCUCUAAUCAAUGUCAAGAAGCACUAAAAAUGUUACUGUUCAUUUCUAAAUGAUCCACGUGGUUUUUGAGCAUGUACCCUUCAUAUCUUUCUGCACUGCAGGAUGGACUGUGCAUCUACUUUGAAUGAAGAAUCAGAAUUUGCAGACUGGAGGAAAAUUGGCAACUCGUUGUUGUUAAUGGGUUUUCUUUUGUUUUCCCUUUUUGGCAAUACUCCACCCCGAACACAGUGGGAAGGCAGCGAUGAUGAGAGACAAUAUUUUCUCAUCACAUUAUUUGUUGUUGCUGCUCGGGAGAAGAUGUUUGUUUUGCUCUUGAUUAUUCAUUUAUGACUCCCUCUUUUUACACCAGUGACAUCACAUAACAACACAAACAUAAUUUGUGCAGAUCUACAUUUUCUAAAUGAGGAACAAUACAAAGUUCAUCUCCUUGUGAGCACCAAUGUGUAAUUUAAGAUAUACUGAUGUUAUCUUGUACGAAAUGUUGCCAAAUGCAGAUUUAAAAUGAAUAGCACCAACAUAACAAUUACAAUUAGUGCCAGCUGUUAAAUAUUGCCUCACAGCUUCCAUUAAUUGGCUCAUAUUUUAGAAUAAAAAUUGAAUAAUAUAUAACAAUCUAGCAAGUAUUACAUAAAUAUGUAAAUCCAAAUGUUGUUUAUAAUUGAAUGUAUUAUCAAUUAUGAUAUUAUGAAUAUGUGUUAUUUUCAUAAAGAGUAAACAUACAUGGCAGACUGGCAAUAUCAACAGUGUCACCAUUUAGCUUCCCUUAUCAGUAAAGAAAUGCACAUUUGCUAUUAUCUGUAAAUAAAUUGGUUAAAAUAAUCUGCUGCAGAUUUAGGUACAAGUACUCCAAUGCUUGUGUUUUGAAAGCCUGACACUGAAAAUAUUUAGUUGCACUGCUCCAGUAGUGCUGAAGGGCAACCCUCCUCUCAGCUCAGUGUUAAGUAUUUAUUGUGCUACAUAGCAGUGCAAUGCUUCAGUGGAAGCCACACACACACACACACACACACACACUUACGCUUGCAUCAUCUGAAAGGAACCAUAGCGCACAAAUUAUUAAACUGUAAAUUGUUCAAAGAGCUUUUGCAAAAUGUUGUAGCAUGGAUCCAGCCUCAUGUUCUAUCUCUUAUUCUACCUUUGAAUGAAAAUAACAAUUUAUCAACAUAAUGUACCAACAUGAGUAAAGGAUCAAAGGAAUCACAAUGUUCAGAUCGGUGUAACAAAUUGUGAUUCAUGGCAGUACAUGUGUUCCUCUGAAAUGUAGUCUCAGUGGUAAAUCAUUCAUUGUUUUCCAUAUUUAGUCCCUCUCCCCUGUCCCAGUCCUCCUGGCACACAUUCCUGAGUCUCCUUCUGAGAGUAUCAUGAGGGUUUCACUUUUAAUAACUAAGUGGACAAACAGAGGAGGAGGAACGAGAAAAUAAGUCCAAAAUGCCAUUAUUAGUUUUCUAAACCAACAUUGGUCCUUUAACUUCAACUUUAUUGUUUGGGGUUUGUUUUGCCUUUAUUGUGUAGUGCAGAUAGAUCGACUGGAAAGGGGAGCGAGAGGGAACGACAUGCAUCAAUCGGUCUGAUUCGAACUGUCGCAACCCAAUUUAGUAAAUAACUAGUUUGAAACCAGCUGGUUACUAACAUCUCAGGAAGAACUUUACGCACAAACAUUGGGAGGAUGUACGAAUAGCUGGUGCAUCCCAGUCCAGACAGUUAGUUGGUGUAACGAUGUAGUAACAACCAAUUCUCUGCGUGAGAAAUUGCGUGCUGCAACCAGUUUUGGUGCAACUGGCAGCUGGUUUUCAAGAAAACAAAAAUCUCUUAUUAGGAUACAUUACUUAUUCCUGCAGAUUUCUUUCUAUGUCCUGUGUACAUUUUCUUUCCUUUGAAUGCUAUAAACCUAAUGCCAGUGACAACAUUCAGCUUGGAAACAUAGAUAGCAUUUUAGGUAAAAACGAAAUAGUUUUAUUAUGUUUUUGGGUGAAAUGUUGCUUUAUUACCUCACGUGUUGAUAUUUCAAUGUAGUUCCUGAACAUCAACAUCUACUGUAUAAAUCUCAUCAAUCUACAGUAUAAACAUUCCCAUAUUAUGUCACUUUUGUCUCUAUAUGU